UUUGGGCUUUUGGGCUUUGGGCCUUGGGAGCUCAUGGCUCUCGUCGGCUGCAGCAGCAACGGCGAGGCGGCGGCGGCGGCUGCGGCGGCGACGUGGACGCCGCCGUACUGCACCAUCGUAGCGGCCGACAUGUCGGACUUCUGCUACCUCUCCUGCCCGCGCUGCGAGCGGGCGCUCCCGGACCACGCCGACGCCUGCGCCGCCUGCAGCAGACUCGGCGGCGGCGGCGGGGGGCCCGCGCCCGCGCCGCCCGCCCGCGUGUACCGCCUGCGCGUCUCCGUCGCCACCCACGACCGCGUGGUGCCGGUCGUCCUCUUCGACCGCGCGGCGCGCGUGCUCGUCGGGUGCCCCGCCGACGAGCUGGCGCGCCUCCUCGCGGCGCAGCCGGGAGCCGCGCGCGCCGCGGAGGAGGCCCUGGAGGGGGAGAUGUGCCGCGUGGCGAUGCGCGCGCUCGCGAAGGGAGACGGCGAGCGCUUCCGCGCCGUCUCCGUCGUCCCUCUCCGCGACGGGUUCCGCCCCCUCGUCGACACCCUGAGGGAGCUCACGGAUGAUCCCACACCGGCGACGUCGCCAUGACCUCGCUUAGAGGUAGCAGAAUCAACCCUCCAGUUCUGAACAGCUAAGUGAACACCAGUUGCAUCUCGGGCUGUUUAGAGUUCAGGGUAACACAAAGAUCCAAGAGACACAAAGCUGAUGAGUCGCAUUCAGAUACUCCAAGGACAAUAUGCACAGUACACCCCCACCCCCUGAUCAAUCGUAGUAUCCAACACCAGCGCUUAUGUGGAGCUCUGAAUCUAAUGAUUGAUCCACCUGUGCCGCUUGUGACUAUGAAGACGAUGUGCCAACGAGAAACUAUGCAGAAAGAACUGCAUAUCCAUAGUUGAGCAGUUCAUUUCAGCUUCAAGAGAGUGCAUGUCUUAAUCGUUUCCUGCAUAUUAUGAUUUUUACUGUGCAACUGGAAGAUACCAUAUACUGUGGAAGUUUACCAUGGCAUUGGUUCGGCAAAUAACUGAAGAUGUGAACCACUGUCCACUGUUAAAGGAAAAGCUCAUUAUUUGGGCCUAAUCCAUUGGUUGAGUAACUACUCCACUGUUCUUCCCUUCAGUUUUGUCAACGAAGCGUGUGUCGGUAUGUCAUAUGAUUGGGAAGAUGAAUUAUAUGAACAAUCAAUUUCUGAAGAAAUUGAGAGAAGUGUGUACGUGAUGACACCUUUUUUGGGUUCAUGAGAAAAUUUCCAAUAAUUUAUCCCUUAUCCUUGAUUGGAGCCGAAAUACCAAACCAGAGUAAUGGAGGAAGGAACAUUUUCCUGGAGUAAUGCGGCGACGAAAUAUUGGUAAAGGUAAAAAGGUUAAGUCCAAUAUAAGUAUAUUAUGGAUAUGAUAUUCGUUGCUGCUGAUGGGCUGUAAGUUGUAACCGAAAGUGAGAUCAGGCUGCAAAAUUAGUUACCAUUAGAACAAAGGCAGCAUGGGAGUAUGGUACAUUAACUUUGUUGAUGCUAAUCGUAACAAAGAUAACAUUAGUGUCCUUUUAAACAAAAUUUGUAAAAAUGCUAGUGGUGUUUCAGAGGUGAUAAUUGCAAAUUAUUCACUCGUACUUUUAGUUUGACACGGUUAAUUUUUAGACAUACUUUUGACUAUUUGUCUUAUUCAUUUUUUUACUAUAA